AUGGAAGUCGUACAAAAAAACGAGGCCUUUAGAAAGAUCGAAGGGAAGAUGAAAUUUGCCUAUGUCGAGUGUUUCGUCCGGCAAGACGGCAUACUAUAUUCUGGAAAAUGGACGAAUCGAUUCGAAUCGCCGAAAACACUUCACGAUCUCGAUGAGGUCAAGCAGGUCCCAACAGCGGAUAGGGGCCCAGAGGCGAAAGCCACCUGGUCAGCAGUCUACGUGAAAACCCCAAGUCUACUGGCGUAUGUCAAUGGAGAUCUCGAAAAGCAAAUCGCCCGCGAAGUCGAAGCAUGCGAAAUUCUUCGCAAACAUCCCCAUCCAAAUAUUGCGACCUAUUAUGGUUUCAUGGAGACUAACGGCCGAGUUUCUGGGCUUUGCUUCCAGCGAUAUACGUCCACGCUACUCGAAGCGGUCAAUCCUCAGCGACUUAACAAGGUCGCUUUCCUUUCAAGUGCUCGUGAGCUUGUGGGAGAGAAGAUGAAGGAAGGUCUAGAAGGGAUUAUGUCUGCCAUCAAACAUAUUCAUUCGAUCGGACUUGUCCAUAAUGACAUCAACCCAGCGAACAUUAUGAUUGAUGAAAAGGGUACGCUUGUUCUGAUCGAUUUUGAUAGUUGUCGGUUUAUCGGGGAGUCGUUGAGAGACACCGAAGCGAAAAGAACACACCAGUGGCAUGACCCUUCUGUCAAUGUUGCGCUGGAGAAGAAUGACCUUGACGCGUUAAGAGAUUUACGAAUUUGGCUGGCUGGAUCGGCGGAUGAAGACUUUCUAUUUUGA